AUGAACAUGAGUCCACUCAGGAUCCAGCUAUGGGACACUGCGGGUCAGGAGCGCUUCAGGAAGUCCAUGGUGCAGCACUACUACCGCAACGUGCACGCCGUGGUCUUCGUUUACGAUGUCACCAACGGCACCAGCUUCCGCAGCCUGUCGGCCUGGAUAGAGGAGUGUAAGCAGCACGCUCUGGGCUCGGAGGUACCCAGGAUUCUUGUGGGCAACAAGUGUGACCUCCAAGACUCGGUCCAGGUGGGUACAGACGUGGCGCAGCAGUUUGCAGACACCCACUCCAUGCCCCUGUUCGAGACGUCCGCGAAAAACCCAAACAGCCAGGGAGACAGAGGAAACAGUGACCAUGUGGAGGCUAUUUUUCUGACGGUGGCACACAAGCUCAAGUCUCAGAAGCCCCUGGUACUGAGCCAGCCCCCCGUGGGGUCAGGGGGCACCAUCAACCUGAGCAAGGGGGGGACAGAGGGGGGAGAGGGAGCGAGGAGCUGGGGUUGCAGCGGCGGAUGCUGAGGGAGGGAGGGAGAGGGAGAACUUCAGCACUACACCAUGAAGCUUGCAUCGAGUCGAGGUCUAUAAAGGGAGAAUGGAUGCUGCACAAUCAGAGCACACACACACACCUCAUAUAGAAGAGGAUCAUUUAUUCGCAUGCCUGUGAGUUACUUUAUACAUGCUUUUCAGUGUUUACAGUUUGAUUGUUUUGGAAUCGUGUUCAUUGGAGUGAUCCUGAACAAGCAGCCACAAGCCUAACCCCUUUCCCCCAUUCUGCGUUCAAAACACAAGCAGCCGCAUCUAGCGGUAUGUUCCAAUUCCCUCUCUUUGAGAUACUGAGUGGAAAUAUAUUAGGGCUGUCAAGUAAUCCAUUUUAACCUGUUCAAAGUUUUCAAAUUGUUGGCAAGAAUUAACAGUGACAUCCCUAAUUAAAAAGAAAAUGCAGCCUUU